AACAGUAAAAGCGAAGAGAAGAAUUUCCUUGAACCACUGACUGAUUUGGAACUUUGUGCUGCAAAAUCGCAUCUUGAAUUUUCGUUCGAGGAUAUCAAGACUGGCAAAGAUCCAAUGCCACAGUACAGUUUAGACCUCCGUACGGAAUCGCUGAAUCGAGUAACUGUGAGCGAACCAUCCGGUCGCCUGGCAAUCUGUGGUGGUGAGGCUGGUUUGUUGAUUUUCUUGCCCUGCUUUAUACGAUGA